AUGCCUCCCACCCGCCCGCGUCGCGUCGGCCGCGCGCACGACGCCUCGUACGUCCUCUUCGAGGGCCUGCUCGGCGAGCGGCAGCUCCGCAACGCGCGCGCCUUUGCCGCCUCGGACGCGGUGCAGGCGCAGCUCUCGGAGGGCAUCCUCUUUGACGAAAAGACGGCGGCGAACGGGUACGCCUCGGAGGAGGAGGAAAACGAGGCGCAGAACGAGGGCGGCACCUCCGCCGCGCCGCCCGCCAAGAAGCAGAAGCGCAACGUCGCCGAGCGCCGCUCGCGCAUCGCGUGGCUCGAGCGAGAGGCGGCAGAGGGCGAGGCGUCGCCAGUCAUUCCGCCGUGGCUGCACGCGCAACUGCGCUCGGCGGCGCGCACGGCGCACCGGCUGCUGGGCGACAAGCUGUGCCCCAUCGGCGUCGACGCCCUCGGCCGCUGGACGCCGCGCUACGAGCCGGUGCAGUACACCGAGUACGGGCCAGGCGAGCGGCUCUCGCGCGGGGUGGGCUCGCACUACGCCUCGUGGCACACCGACUCGGAGCUCGACUCGGACGACGUCGAGGACACGCGCGGCGUCACCGUGGUGGUGCUGCUCUCGGACGGCGCCGCCUUUGGAGGCGGCAAGUUCCAGACGCGCGCUCGCGGAGGCGCGCCGCAAGACCGCGCGCCGCAGACAAUCGAGCUCAAGGCGGGCGACGCGAUCGGCUUCCCCGCCGCGAGGCUCGAGCACCGCGUGACCAAGGUGACGCGCGGCCUGCGCCAGUCGCUCGUCUUUUGGGCGAACAGGCCCGCGUAG